AUGCUGGCAUCCCAUGUUUCAGGGGCAAAUAAAACCAGACCCCCACCUCUGGGGCUUGAACGGGAACCGGGGCCGGCCUCGCUGCGGAGCCCCUGCCCGCUCUCCCCGGCACACCGACAGCGGCUGCCGGGGCUACUGCAGCGGGGCCGCGACCCCUCGAGUCUCCCGGCAGCGGCCCCCGCGGCUGCGCGGGGCACAAGCUGGGCUCCGGGUCCCGGCAGCCAUGCCCUUGUCUCCCUCCCGGGCACGGAGCCGGGGCCCGGCGGGGCGGCGAAGCGCGCCGAGGGACCGGGAGCGGCAGCACCGAGCCCAGCUCCGGCUGAUGGACGCUCCAGCCCCGCAUGGCUGCAGCUGCAGCUCCAGCCCCGUGUGAUUUCGGCUCCCGAUGCCGCCCGCUCCAGCUCCGGCUCCUCCACGCUCCGGCCGAUGGACGUCCCACCUCGUCCCACCCCUGCCCGCUCCGGCCGAGAGACGCUCCUGCUCCUGACAGCCCCGGGGGCUUUUGUCCAGCUCCGGCCCUGCGUCAUUUUGGGCCCAGCCGAGACACCGGACGUUCCCGUUUCUCACAGCUCCAGCCCUACCCGAUGGAAAGCUCGAGCCCUGCAUGAGCUCCUGCUGCUUCCAGCUCCAGGCGCCGGACGCUCGGCUGGUUCCCCUCCUGCUGAUGGGCCCCCAGCUCGGAGUCAGAGCUGCUCCCCAGCUCUGGGGGCUGGUGACGAGGUCGUAAAUCAAUCACUGUCAUCGCUCAAGUACCACCCCUGUCUGCCCCUUGAAUAAAGCCUCGGUGCCCCCAUUUUCGCCCAGAGACUAUCUCA